UCCGUAAAGCGGCUUCCGCUCUCUCUGGUCCUUUUCCUCCGCUAAAAGGUUCAACAUGUCUGCCCAUUUGCAGUGGAUGGUCAUCAGGAACUGCUCCAGCUUCCUCCUCAAGAGGAACGGACAGACCUACAGCACUGAGCCCAACAACUUGAAGUCCAGGAACUCUUUCCGCUUCAAUGGUUUGGUUCACAAGAAGACUGUAGGUGUACAGCCAGCUGCCGAUGGCAAGGGUGUUGUGGUCGUUCUGAAGAAGCGCAAAGGUCAGAACAAACCUGUUGGAUCCUAUGAGAAGAUCACUAUCAACAAGAACUCCCGCGCCACCCUCAGCAGCCUGAGGCACAUCAUCACCAAGAACAAAUACAGAAAGGAUCUGCGCAUGGCCGCCCUCCGUCGUGCCAGUGCCAUUCUGAAGAGCCAGAAGCCCGUUGUUGUAAAAAAGAAGCGCACCAGGGCUACCAAGACCGCAUAAACAUAUUAACAUGAUUAAUAAAUAAAUGUUUGGUAAAAACACUGAA